AUGCUUGUUAUUUUAGGAUCUAUUAAACAUCACAACAGUAAUGAUGGCUAUAAUAUACGUCUUGGAUCAAUUAAAGAAUCAUUAGAUUCUGAACUAUUGUUGUUUCUGACAGAAUUUGAAAUUGGUAAUAUGUUAGAAAAGGAUAGAUUUUUAGAUGAAGAAAAUAAAGAAGUAGAAACAGGUUUAAUUCAUGAUAAUAUCUCUGAAUUAGCUGUUGAAAAACUACUAUAUUCACAUCAACAAAGGCUUACAGCACGUCAAAAUCUACUUGAUAAAUAUGAUUUUGCUACUUCUAAUUCUGAAAUUUAUAAUUCAAAUAAUGAUAACAUGUUUGAUGGCCGAUAUGUGAUAUUGUUAGCAAUUCAAUUACAAUUAUACAAAAAGUCAAUAGAAGAAAUUACUCAAAUAGAAUCUGGAGUUAUAGAAGCUGAAGAUUUAAUGAAAAAAAAUCUAGAAUAG